AUGGUCUUUCAACUGUGCGUUUGACCCCGCCGACUACAUCCUACACUCCUAUAGAGGGACAGACUCCCCCUACCGUCACGUGUUCGUCUGACUGUAACCCAGUCUGUACCUACAGCUGGACAAAGGAUGGACAGCCCCACACAACAGGGUCAGAUCUCCAGCUCACCAACAUACAACGUGGUCGGACGGGCGUGUACAGGUGUACGGCCAGUAACGGUUACGGGAGUCGGACGUCUAGUGACGUCACUGUUACUGUAGAGUAUGGUCCUGGAACUUCUACUUCAAUUUCACCACCGGACACUACCUACACCAAGACUGAGGGGGACACGUUACCGGACAUCUCCUGUACAGCUGACUGUAGACCUGGAUGUACCUUUGUCUGGACAAAACCUGACAACACCAACUUUCCUGCCUCAGCUGUGUUGUCACUGGGACAACUGGACAGAUCAGAACACGGGACUUACAGAUGUACUGCUAGAAAUAUUGCCGGGGAGUCAACUACAAGUGUUAUCGUGACAGUGCAGUAUGGGCCAGGAGACAGCACUACGUUCGAACCGAUGCAAGAGGUAGUAGAGAGAAUUGAAAACCAGACUGUCCCAAACAUAAAAUGUUCUGCUGACUGUAGACCGCCAUGUACGUAUAGCUGGUCCAAAGUAGGUAUAGUUCGUCCAAAUCCACUGUCUCUGUUGAAGGUCACGAGGAACAACGCUGGAACAUACACGUGUACAGCUAACAACACCAUCGGCAAAGGAACGAAAGACUGGAACCUAAUCGUCAAAUUUCCUCCUGAAAUAGACAGUCUUCAUUACAACCAAGGAGAUGCUGAUGUGACGGAACACGGAUCGAAGACUCUCAUUUGUAAGGUGGAGAGUGUCCCAUCGUCUACAAUAACAUGGUACUACACAAACAAUGAUACACAACUGUUAACCGCAACAGAUGUACUGGAAAGUAGAUACAUACUGACUUCUGCUGGCUGUCUGGACACAGGAAUGUACACCUGUUCUGCCAGGAACAGUGUAUCUAACACAGCAGUGACCAAGGACAUACGGAUCAACGUUUUGUGUUCGCCGCGCCUUGAUCCGAGAGUGUUCACAGACCGAGAGAUUGGGUUGGCUACUCAUGAUAAUCUAACUAUGAAAGCCAUUUUUCUGUCAAACCCGGAACCCUCAUCAUUCAUAUGGACUUUCCAAAACUCUUCAAAUAAUUCUUUUACUCGGCUAAACAACGGGACAGACAGCUUUGUUAUACAUAAUCCCCCUUUUACAUCGAACCUGUCAGUUUUGUCAAUGGGGACACGUACGAACAUACAAGAGGCCUGGUUUGGAUUAUAUAAUGUAACGGCAAUCAACAGUGAGGGCAAAGGGACACUCACUUUCACAGUUGCUGCUACAGAAAAUCCGAAUCCCACUAAGAUUUUUUUAGUUGAUUGUGGAAAGCAAAUGUCUGCCAAAGUAUCGUGGAAGGACGGUGGAAACUCCCAGUUUUACCGUGUUUUAUUCAGCAUGGACGCCUUUGAACAUUCAAAAAAAGUGUAUCCCGUGACAAUUGCAUUUGAAAAAGGGAGGAACAUGUAUAGUUUGAAUGUGGACAAUUUAGUGGGAGGACGACUAUAUACAUUUAAGGUUGCAGCGUACAACACCUACGGUAAUUCAACAUCCUCUGAUGCUGUUGGAUGUACAAUUCAGGCAGAAUGUUCCUGCAGUACCGACAACAUGUAUGUAACAGCAGUUGCCCUGAUUUGUACCAGUGUUCUCAUGCUGCUGUUAAUAUUUGGACUUGGAAUACUCAUUAGUCGUCAGCAUCUGAAACAAAGUGAAUUUCAGAACGUGCAACUUUCAGAACGAGCUGUGACACCUAAUAAAGAGGAGGACGAACGACCUCCAUAUGACCAACUCGAUACGAAUGAAAUUGCCAAGGCAUCUGUGUACUCCGAAAUAGGAAGUCAUCUUCCAGGUCGCCGGAAAGAUCCAGUCAAUGACAACAGAGAAUACGAGUCAUUGGAGGGUCGGUCUAACCCAAACGUCUAUGAAGAUCUCCAUGGUACAACAUCUGGUGACAAAGAAAUAUACAUCAACACCGCAGUUGCUGAAGGGGGUUCUGGCUCCGGAAGUUAAUCCAUCUGGUUCACAAGAAAUAAUAUUAAUGAACAACCCGAGGAAGCUUCAAUUAAUACGUCAGCUUUUCAAAAGAUUUCUAUUGGACUAUCAA